UCCCUGCAGACCAAUCACUCUUCCGAUAUCUCCCACUCACAGCACACUCCUUUGCUCUCUCUCUCCCUCUCUCUCCCUUCCUUUGCUGCUCCCCUGUUUCCUGCUGUGUUUCUUCAUCCCCUCUUCAGAACCAUCUCACUUCCACUCCCAACCAGGAUCUGCAAAUCAGCUCUUUAAGGAAAUGGCAUCAAAGCGGCAAAUGGGCUACAAGUGUCGCAUAGCAGUAGUGCUGCUUCUGCUGUUGGCCAGUAUUGCUGCCCUUGUUGCUGUUGCCAUCAUCCAGGACACCUGGAGGUUUAAAGAGUACAGCUUAGAGUAUGGCAUAGUGGUAGACUCGGGUUCAUCUCGUUCCAAUGUUUACCUGUAUGAGUGGCCUGGGGAGAAGGAGAAUGAAACAGGAGUAGUGACUGAAAUAAUGAACUGUAGAGUUACUGGGGAUGGUAUCUCAGAGAUGAAAGUUGACCCUCAGAAAGAUGCUGAAUCAUGGAAAGCAUUCCAAGACUGCAUGGACAAAAUCAUCAAAGCCAUUCCUGCUGAAAAACACAACACCACACCCCUCUUUCUGGGAGCUACGGCUGGAAUGAGACUGCUACAUGAGAAGGAUAAACAGCGAUCCUAUAAUAUCAUGGCAAGUCUCAGAGAAUACCUGAGUUCUUUGCCCUUCUCCUUUCAAAAUGCCUCCAUCAUUACUGGUCAAGAAGAAGGGCUAUAUGGUUGGAUCACUGUCAACUACCUCAUGGGAAACUUUAUAGAGAGAAACCUGUGGAGGACCUAUAUACGCCCAGAAGGUGGAAAGACAGUAGGAUCCAUGGACCUUGGUGGAGCAUCAACCCAGAUUGCCUUUGUAGUCCAGGAUGAUCUCAAAGGCCCUGACUACAUGCAUGUCAAACUGUAUGGAUACCCUUACAAUGUCUACACACACAGUUUCCUAUGCUAUGGCAAAAAUGAGGCUGAGAAGAGGGUUCUAGACAAAAUAGUACAGGGAUCAUCUGACCCAACGUACAUUGAAAACCCCUGCUACCCAGAAGGUUUCAACAUCACCAUGAAGGCCUCAUCCAUUUAUGACACAGAGUGCACAAAGAAGCCAAAAAACUACCACCCAGAUCGAGAACUCUUCAUGGUGGGAGCCCCUGACUCAGACAAGUGCAGGAGCAUCGUGAAGUCCAUAUUUGAUUUCAUGACUUGUUCUUCAUCCCAGUGUUCCUUCAACGGAGUCGAGCAGCCACCAGUCACUGGAGAGUUUAUGGCUUAUGCUGGAUUCUUCUACACUGCUAGGGCCCUGCUGCUGAAUGGCACAUCGGAUCUUGAUCAAUUCAACUCCUCAGUUAGGAAAUUCUGCCACACAAAUUGGAAAGUGCUGAGGCAAGAAAAGAAAUGGAUCUCUGACAGAUACCUUAAGACUUACUGUUAUGGAGCUCACUACGUCUUCACUUUGCUGGCAGAUGGAUACAAAUUUGACAAGGAAAUGUGGAAAAACAUUAACUUUGAAAAAGAGAUAAAGAGCACCAGCAUAGGUUGGAGUUUGGGCUACAUGCUGAGUAUGUCCAACAUGAUCCCUUCUGAAGUGAAAGAACUCCCACCCAUGACAGACCCCGUCUUUGCCGGCCUUAUCUUUCUAUUUUCAGCACUAACCAUUAUAACUGUUGUCUUAGUUUUCAUCAUCCUCAUUCGCACCUGCUACUGAGUGUAAGUUACACAGGGAAUUAUCUGCCAUUGAAAGUCUUGCGGGAUGCUCUAAUCCUAUAAGUAACUGGAGAGCACUACAGUUACUAAGAAAAAUGUUUUUUUAUUUUUCAGCCUGACCCAUUUACUGCCUUCAAUUUCAAUUGUGAGAGUUUUUGAAAACUGAAGAGCCUUGACAUAAAAACCUCUCACUGUGUAUCCAUUUAGGGUCUUUGAAUCCUUGAGCUAGUUUCAGAUGUGAGACUGGUUUUACUGAGACAGUAAAAAAUAGCUCCAAAAUUAUUUAAAAACACAGUUCAUUUUGUACCUCAGGGAACUGCACACAAAUGAUGAAAGAGCACCCAGAAACGUCAAUGUGCUCGUUCUUGUUGCACGUCGUGUAAUAUCAAAAUUGUGCAAUCUUACAAUGAGAUUCUAUACGUGCAUUUACACUUGUGUGCACACGUACACACAUGGACACCACAGGUGAAAGCAGGACGUAUUCCCUCAGGUACUGAUUAUGUUUGUUUUCCUGUAUUAUACAUUAAAUUGCACUGAAUGCAUUUGCUCUAAAAUUGAUAGUAGCACUUUGCCAUGGCUUUAUAUCUGAAACUACAACUACACAACAAUACUCCACAUUUACUGAAUGAAAACCUCCGUAAUAAAUAAUGUAAUGAAUUUGCUAUUGUUUUCUUAUAAUUUUGCAAACUGAAUACAUGUUACAUGAAGUCAUAGAGUUUUUUACCUUCUAUUUGCAAACAAUUAAUAGAUUUAAAUACAAGAUACAAAGUUACUUCUGAGUUUGGGACAGCAACUAACCAGGUGAACAAAAUUUUUUUGUGCUACAACAAUUCUAGGUGUUGUUUUUUUCCCAUUAAAUACAGUUCAUCAUACUUGUAGACUAACUUGGUGUUGUUCCACCCCUGAGAAGGUUUUCAUUCUGUACUUAAAGAACAGCGUAUUGUUGGAUAAAUAUACAUAAUUGGUUAAUUCAGUAAAAUAAGUCAAGUCAUUGGAGUAGUUUGAGAAAACUAUACCAAAAAAUUAUAUAAUGUUGCGGAAAAGUCCUGUCAAUACUGAUAAUUCAGACGUAUCCAGUUUUCAGUGUAAUCUAUACACAGUCCUUACAUGAUAUGAAAUAUUUCUGUUUGUGUCAAUAUGAACCCUUUCAUGAGAGAUUUCAUCAGCAGAAACUAGUCUACAGAUAUAAAGUUUGAUGAGAACAUGUCAGUUGGAUUUUUUUGGUAGUGACUCUUCGACUGAUUUAUCGGUUUCCAAGAUGAGCCCCAAUCACUCAGCCACAUAAACCCUGAGACGCUGAAACCCUGUGUCUAGAUGGUAAAGGCUCACCUUAUGGCAGCAACGAAUCUCGUUGCUCAUCGAAAAUGUUUCCUUGGUAGGUCAUCGGCAAGUGUUUAAAAAAAAUAACUGUGGGCAUGUGUGUCUUUUGCCAUUCUGUAUACCUUGUACUCUGGGAAGCUUUUUUAGUGAUAUGUCUAUGCACUGGAGAAAAUGAGAGGAUAUGCAUGAUUCUCACAUGAUGCACUGAGGAUUAAUGACGAUUAUCUAUAUCUAUAUCUAUAUGG